CUUCCAUACCUGCAAUUUUCGAUAAACGAUCAAAACCCUAACCCUAGUCAAUGGCAACCGAAGAACCAAUUGUAGCGACGGAGCCCACCGAGGUGGAGCCAGAGGUAGCCGAUGCUGCUACGGAGGAGAAUCCCCCGGUUGUAGCAGAUGCGAAGGAAACAAAAGCUAAGAAAGCUAAGAAACCAUCAGCUUCGAGAAAGCCAAGGAAGCCCUCUCAGCAUCCUACUUACUUCGAGAUGAUUAAGGAAGCCAUUGUUACGUUGAAGGAGAGGAGUGGUUCGAGUACGAUUGCGAUUGCGAAGUUCAUUGAACAGAAGCAUAAGAAUCUUCCCGCGACUUUUAAGAAAACAUUGACUGUUCAGCUGAAGAAGUUUGUUGCCAGCGGCAAACUUGUUAAGGUAAAGGCCUCUUACAAGCUACCUUCGUCAAAAGCUUCCACGGGUUCUGCUCCGGCGAAAAAGAAGGCGGCAGGAAAACCAGCAGCGAAGAAAGCGCCGGCUAAGAAAAAGCCAGCUGCUGCUUCGAAGUCUAAAGCUCCUGCUAAGCCCAAAGGAAAAGGGAAAGCUAAGCCUGCUGCCAAGGCUAAGCCGGCUGCCAAGGCGAAACCGGCCGCCAAAGCUAAGCCCGCUCCCAAGGCUAAGGCCGCUGCUCCAGCGAAGACAAAGUCAGCUGCGAAGCCUAAGGCUGCAACAAAGCCGGCAGCUAAGGUUGCGAAGACAUCGACUAGAACGACACCGGGAAAGAAAGCAGCAGCUCCCAAGCCGGCGGCGAAGAAAGCUCCUGUGAAGAAGGCGCCUGCUAAGAAGGCAGCAGCAACGAAGAAAGCUGGGGCGACCACAAGGAAAACAAAGAAGUGAGUGAUAGUGAUGGAUCUCAAUAAUUGAAUCUGUUGUUCGUAGGGAUUUAGCUGUAAAGUUUUUGAAUGUUGGAGGUUUGGGUGUAUUUAGAUUCAUUGUCAUACCCAGUGAAAUUUUACAGAGUUUGGAUGUUAA